UUUCCUCUUUGGCACAACACAAGGCAACAACAACUAGCUAGAGCUACACAAGGCUCCAUCACAUUUCAAAGUCCUCUUCAAACCUCAAAGCAAAGCACGCUCAGAGAUCCGUGCACGUACACACAUAACCCAUUAGAAGAACUUAUUUAGAAGGCAGAUGGACCGCGUGAUGAAGCUGGCGUCGGAGCGAGCGGUGGUGAUCUUCACCCUGAGUUCCUGUUGCAUGUGCCACACCGUGGCGCGGCUCUUCUGCGACCUGGGUGUCAAUGCACUGGUGCGCGAGCUAGACCAAGACCCAAGGGGAAAGGAGAUGGAGAGAGCUCUCCUCAAGAUGCUCGGGAAAGGCCCGUCUGUUCCAGUGGUGUUCAUCGGCGGGAAGCUUGUCGGCGGGACAAACAGAGUCAUGUCCAUGCAUCUCAGCGGCGAGCUGGUCCCAAUGCUGAGGAAUGCAGGUGCCCUCUGGCUAUAGAGGAAUGCAGGUGCCACUUGGGAAAAUAAAUUUUUGUCAAAGAGUGUCAAGUAUAUGCAUUUUCUUAGAGUAACUUAACUAAUGGCCUGGUUAGCGUCGAUCGAACUGGUUUUUUCAAUCCUGUUCUGACAAUAGCAAGGCUUAUAGCUCGCUAGGAGCGAGUUUUACGUACGAGCGAUGUUCGUGUUGUAAUCCCAGCGCUAUUUGUGCAGGUGUACAAUCUUUUCUCAAAGAACCUACACAACCUUUUCUCAAAGAGCUAGUUGAUAAAUAAAUGUAUAAACAGUUCAUUAUCAAAUGAUAUGCGCACAUCUCUAACCUAAAAAUUGUGUAUAGUUGCAUUGCAUAUUGAUCAUCGUAGUUUAUCAUCGUCUCCUGAUUGUUUACUAUAAUUAUUUUCUGUCACAUAUGCAUCGGCACCUCGCGUGAUCUGGCCGGUACGGUGAUGGUCCAGCGGCUGUUCGGGGGAUGCAACAUCAAUGGCGGCGACGCGACUAGGUAUGUGGUG